GAAUCUUAAAAAAUAUAUAAAACAUAUGCACAUAUGUUUCUUCACUCUUGACAGUAAUUUCUUUAUUUUUGUGAUUUCUUGAUGUCUAACUGUGCAUUAUUCUGUCAUUUCCCACACACCUUGAAUGCAACACAGGGAGCAGUCAACAUUUUACCUGCUGUGUCAUUUUCACAAAGGCUCCUAUGAUAGAAGGAGCUGCUCUUUUGACAACCGGAUUAAGGGAAAAUGAGAGAACAACACGACGAGUCAACAUGCUUCAUUGGGGAGUUUGUCACAGAUACUCAGUACUUUGGCUUGAAAAACCAGGGAGCAACCUGCUACCUGAACAGCGUUCUGCAGAUUCUCUACAUGACCAAAGACUUCAGAGAAGCUCUGAAAAGAAACUCCUGUGACCCUACAUGUAUAGAUCCUGAACUUGCAGCUUUGUUUGAGAACCUGAAAAAAAGCCUGGCAGAGACAACGGAAAUUACUAAAAAGCUUGGCAUUGAUAGAGUUUAUAAACAAUGUGAUGCAGCUGAGUACAUCGAGAAGAUAUUAGACCUUUGCAAUCAAGAGGCUUCACAGAUCUUCCAGGGAGAAUUGACAGACAGGACUGUGUGUGACAUAUGUGAUGAAAAAACUGAUGAUGUCACUCGGUUCUGGAAUCUGCCUCUUGCAUUGGUGAAGACAGACAUAGAAAAUUACAGUGUGGCGGACGCAAUUGAGAAAUUCUUUAAGAAGUCGUUUUUCAAAGAAGCAUUCCAGCUGUACUGCGAUAAGUGUUGCAGAAAAUGCGAUGCCUCCUCUGGCAUCACGAUCACACGUCAUCCAGAAGUUUUGAUGUUGCUGCUGAAGAGGUUUGAGUUCAACUACACUCACAUGUCAUACGUCAAAAACAACUGCGUUGUGGAUGUGCCUGACACUCUAAACAUACCAGAGGAUCAGAUCUAUGAACUUUAUGCCUUUGUGGAGCACACAGGUAGUCUUCAGUGUGGACAUUACACUGCAACAAUCAAGAGUCAGGAAGAAAAAGACGCCAGAUGGAUUAAAUUCAAUGAUUCUAAUGUGACAGUACUGGACAAACAGCCUUUCAGUGAAGCAAACCAGACACUCAGCUCCAAGAGUGCUUAUCUCCUGUUUUAUAGAAAGAAAAGCAUUGACAACCAAGACGACAGCGAUGAAUCCACUGACAGUGGCCUCCCAUGUGAGCCAUUGUACAACCUUGGUCCAGACGUUGAGCAUGAAUCGAUUGAUAUUCAGCAGGACACUUUACCCAUAAUUUUAAAUCAUGUAAACUAUUAUUCUAUUCUUUUAUAUAUGUUUUUCUUUUUGCUAUUUUUAUUUUACUGUGUGUUUUUCUGGCUAAUCCCUUUUCAAGAGUUCUCCAGAUGGUCUCAUCCAUUAAGCCAUCAAAAUGUUGAGUUCCCCAGUCCACAUUAUUCAGUUUAUAGCAGAAGUCUGUGGAGCUGAAAUGUAUCUUCUUUUACAAUUUUUGAGGCAGAGAAAUCUUUGUGACUUUGAAAAGGUAUCAAAACAUGGGAUUUUACAACUUAUACAUGUGUCUUUUGGUAUAUUUGUUUUAGUUUCAGGCCUUUUGCUGAGCAGUGCAUUUUGCAAAUGAAAGUUUCAGCUUCAUGCCAGCAUUGUUUCAGUUAAAUAACAGAAUUUGCUGCUAUUGCUUUUUCUCCUUGUGAAUAUCACCAACCACCACUGAUCUCAUUUUCACCUCCUCCUGAUGGUCGCUCAGCCCAAUGAGGCUGCAUCUAAUCCCCUCUGACCUCACAUUUUGCUGGACAGACCCGUCCUCUUGCUAUUCCAGCCUGUAGGUAAAGCACCCGUACGGGGGGGUUUGACCCUUACGGGUUGUCUGGGCCCGUGGAGGGUUGUAGAGAGAAACAGCUGCAUCACAAGAGGAGUUCAGAUGUGUCUUGUAGUUCUAUUGUGGCUCCUGCGGCCACCCUAAAGGAUGUCAUGAAAAUGUAACGUACAAUUUUUGUGCGUGUGGUGAAUGUAUUGUGAAGUAUUUGUAAGGAUAAUGUAAGUUAUGCCCACUUACAGGUGAUGCUGUCAUACCUACCCUCAUGCCACGCUAUAGUAGUUACUGACCGUGUGCAAAUGCUGCACACUCGGGGUGUAUAGGUGAUACGUAAGUGCAUGAUGUCCACACACACUAUGCUCUGAUUGUUUAAUUUCCAACAGUUGACAUCUGUGCGUCUUACCUACUUCCCGCUUACUUACUCUUACAUGUUGUCUAAGUGUUCACUACGCUCAGUUGUCGUAGCAUGCCUGUAGAAAAAUGUGCAUGAACAUUUUGUCCACGAGCUCACAGAUCGGUCUACAACCAUUAUUGUGUAUAGGACACCUGCAUACUCUGUAUAGGUUUGCCCAUUUUUCACCCGUAGACAGACCCUAUCCACAAUAAGGCGAGUUGUAGACUUAAGCCUCACUCGGACUCUGUUUUCAUCUUCUUCAGUGCCUAAAGAUUUGCUCUCCUAUUAGAAGUAACUCCAUAUGCCAGAUUGAGCAAUCGGAAACACUGGGAUCUCACAGUAGACAGUCCUCACUAACUUUCUUUUCCACCCUCUUCUGACUUCUGCUACCAGACUGAAUGACAUGGAUUCAGCAGAAUUUUCUACAACAAAGACAAAUACUGAAUCAGUGGUUUUCAGCAGUAUUAGUUUGGAUCCAAGAAUACAGGAUCAUCAAGAUAAUCAAGGACAAAUAGUGCUUUCAUAGAAAAUGCUGAAUAUAGCAAUAAAAUAAUUAAAAUCUCCUUGGUAAAGUGCUGUUUUCUGAUCGUACUUUAGUCAUUUAUCAACUUUUCUACCGUUUUUAUUAAAUAUAUAUCAUUCAUCUGUUCUUUUCAUGAUAUGGAAAGCAGGAGAAUCUGAAUUAAGAUCAGCUAUUUUAACCAUUUUGCAAUUAUUUUUCAUGCAAACUGUCUGUAAUGUAUCAAAAGAAUGCACUUUCUGUAUUAUAAAUCAUAUUUAAAUAAAAAUAAUAAUCAUAAAA